UGGGGGCCGGCCGCGCUGCCCGGCCGCGGGCGCCUCUCGGCGGGCAGGGGCGGGCGCUGAGGGCGCGUCCCGCAGCCCGGCGAUUCCUGUCGAAAUGCGGCGCCCCGCGCUGGCAUGAGCCCCGGGGCCGGGAAGAGCGCGCCCCGGGCACCGCCGCUUUCCCUGGGCAGGGCUCCGUGUCGCGAAGGAAGGGCUGUCGCCGGCCGGCCGCGGAGCCGCCGCUCGCAGCAGCGCCGGACGCGGGACGGACGUAUUUUUUGUGGCUGGAUUCAAGCCAAGAAUUUCUACCCGCAGCUGCCAACCCUGGCAUCCCUACUGACCUGCUGGCUCCAGGUUUAGCACACUGGAAGCAUGGCUACAAGUGCUGUUCCCAGCGAAAACCUCCCCACAUACAAGCUGGUGGUUGUUGGAGAUGGUGGUGUGGGGAAGAGCGCUCUCACCAUUCAGUUUUUCCAGAAGAUUUUCGUGCCCGACUAUGACCCAACUAUUGAAGACUCCUACCUGAAGCACACAGAAAUAGAUGGGCAAUGGGCAAUUCUUGAUGUCCUGGACACUGCAGGCCAGGAGGAGUUCAGUGCAAUGCGGGAGCAGUAUAUGAGGACUGGAGAUGGUUUCCUUAUAGUCUACUCGGUGACAGACAAGGCGAGCUUCGAGCACGUGGACCGGUUCCACCAGCUGAUCCUCCGAGUCAAGGACAGAGAGUCCUUUCCAAUGAUUUUGGUGGCAAACAAAGUUGAUCUAAUGCAUUUACGGAAAAUUACAAGAGAACAGGGAAGAGAAAUGGCAACAAAACAUAACAUUCCCUAUAUAGAAACUAGUGCCAAGGACCCACCUCUGAACGUUGACAAGGCCUUCCAUGAUCUCGUGAGAGUAAUAAGGCAACAGAUCCCAGAGAAAAGCCAGAAGAAGAAGAAAAAGACCAAAUGGCGAGGGGACAGAGCCACGGGCUCCCACAAACUCCAGUGUGUGAUUUUGUGACGGGACACCCUGGGAGUGCCUUGGACACCUCCCUCCUCCCCCCUUGACCCACCGCCAGCCCAGGCGAGGAGCAGCAGUGUGGUGCCAGCGCGGCCCCAUCACCCCCUCAGGGUCCCUACGGCGGCUCAGACUUGAGGAGGCGGCUCGGAGGGUCCGGACAUCCCCCCGAGGGGGCUGCACCUCAGGGCCAGCGUGGGAGCUGCAUGAAUGGGAGGCGGAAGGGAUCAGCAGGACCUUGACUGUCAAACAUCCCCAGCGCCUUCCAGGGGCCUCCAUGAUGUUUAUUAAAAAAAAAAAAAUAGGGAAGAAGAAAAAAAAAAAAGAAAAAAAAAGUGUUGGUUUUAUCUGCAAAACAUUUCUCCUUGUGACCCAUUUCUGAACAGCCAUGAAUAGCCCCCCUGUUUGGUACAGUCAUCUGUGUAUGUGUGGGGGAAGGGAAAGGGCUUUUCUUUCUCUAAUUUUUUUUUGUCCUCUUCUUCUUUCUUGUUUUUUGCUCAGUGAGUGUUGGGUUGCAAAGAAACAAUGGCCGGGGUUAGAUUUUUUGCACUGAACUCUCUCUUGGGCGCCAGUGCCAAAACACGACUUCAUAUGAAAGUGCAUAGAUUUGGAGGAAGAAAAUUAAUUCCAGCUGCUCUGGGUGCUCCAGACAUUGUGUCAGACUCUGGAGGGCUGCCAGCUCACAGACCAUAAACUCCAGCUUAGGAAAGGAGGUUUGGGCUCGGAUUAUAUUUUUUUUCUUACCCUUUGUCAAGAGGUUUUGUUUCUGUUUUGUAACUUGGGACAUGUCAAACUUAAGGUGUUUUGUUAACCUGGAAGUAUUUAAAUUAAAGUAAUUUACAAAUGGAA